AUGGACGGCAAGUCGACCGCCGCCGUCGAGGAGCACUACAGCCUGCGCUGGAACAACCACCCGGCGCACCUGCUGCGCUCCUUCGAAGCGCUCCUCCACGCCGAGACGCUCGUCGAUGUCACCCUCGUCUGCUCCGAACGGCGAGUUCGCGCUCACAAGGUUCUACUUGGCGCGUGCAGCCCGCUCUUCCGGAGGAUAUUCAGCGAGAAUCCGUGCAAGCACCCUGUGAUAGUGCUCAAGGACUUUCAAGGAUGGGAGGUACAGGCCGUGGUGGACUUCAUGUACCGCGGAGAGGUGUCAGUGGCGCAAGAGCAACUGGGCACUGUGAUAAGGGCGGGAGAAUCGCUGCAAGUGCGUGGACUAGCCGACCAGGAAGGGGAGAGAAUGCGGUCGCCGCCACCAACUCCUCCGGCGAGGAGUCCAGCGAGAGCGACACCGGCGCCUUCGCCACCCGCCAGCCCUGUGAGCCCUCAACCACGACGCAAGCAAGCACGACCGCGACGCCGCUCUGGCGAGUCUGAUACACCGGAAAAUCUGUCGAUGCGACGAUCACCUAGUGGUCUGAAAGCGGUGCGACUAGCGCGGCCGCGAUCUCCAUCGACUCACAAACAAGAGCCCGAGGAACAAGAGGCAGACCUUCCACCACCACCACGGAUGUUUCCGCCGCAUCAGGACAUGUUUCCCCCCGUGCCGCCGGCAGCAGUCUCCGCACUCUCCCUUACACCACCACACAUGUUCGGCAUUGAUUCGCCACUGGGCUUGUUCCCGCCUGGCAUGGAGCAUAAGAUGUACCCGCUGAUGGACGUGGAGCACCGCGGGCCGCCGCUCGACGCUCAGCUAUUCACCAACGUCAAGAAGAAAUGGCGACCGAAAGGGCAGCAUAGCGCUCCACGCGGCGGUCCACCACGAUCCUGGACUAACGCCGAGCUGACAGAGGCUCUCCAACACGUCUGGAACAAAAAGAUGACCACAAGCCAAGCAUCAAGAAUCUUCGGUAUCCCUUACAACUCACUUCUAAUGUACGUGCGCGGUAAAUACGGGAAGAGCCUAAAACUAGAGCAGCUGAGGAAAGAUUGUAUCGGCGGACCGCUGGAUAUGUUAACUCUAAACUCCGGAAACAACAACAAUAACCACCCUCCCAACAAGCACCACGAUAAGGACGACCAGCAUCAGAACACAAGCCAAAGACCAGCGAGUUCGGAGCCCGAUAUCACCUCGAAUCCAAUGUUCAAUCCGUUCCAGCAGGGCUUCUACCCGGAGUUCCCACCCGGGUUCCCGAUGCCGUUGAACAUGCUUCAUCUACUACCGCCGAAUGACAAAGCCAGGGAUCUUUACCAGUCGAUGCCGAUGGCGUUAGAUUCAUUAUCAGGGGUUACGAAGGAGGAAGAUUGUAAAAGCGACAGGUCAAAAGAGAAUUCUGCGGACGAAGAGGGGGAAUCUUACCGCACGCCCGCGCACCCUUCGCAUCCGCCCGACAACCGCACCCUUCUCCAUCACAACGGUCAAGACUAA